CGUUAUGUGGCGGGGGCGGCGGGGGAGGCGGCUCGUGCGCGGGCCCGUCCUCCCCGUCGGCCUCCCCGUCGGCCUCCCCGUCGGCCUCGUCCUCGUUCCCGCCGGCCUGGUCGUCGUCGUCGUCGUCGUCGUCGUCCCCGCCGCGGCUGCCGUUGGGCCCGGUGAGGCGGCGUCUGCGCGGCGCGUCCCUGAUGGCCCGGCGCAGGCCCGAGCUGCUGUGCGGGGCGGUGGCGCUGGGCUGCGCCCUCCUCCUGGCCCUCAAGUUCACCUGCAGGGACAACUGGACUAUGCAGAACACAUUCGUCAAGACUCAGAAGUGGUACUGUUGUUUUUCUAUGCACCGUGGUGUGGGCAGUCGAUUGCCGCAAAGGGAGAAAUUGAACAAGUAGCAAGUAGACUUGCAGAUCAGGUGCUGUUUGUGGCAGUUAACUGUUGGUGGAACCAGGGGAAAUGCAGAAAGCAGAAACACUUUUUUUACUUUCCUGUUAUAUAUUUGUAUCAUCGAAGUUUUGGACCAAUCGAAUAUAAAGGCCCCAUGAGUGCUGUUUACAUUGAGAAGUUUGUUCGGCGGGUGAUGACACCACUUCUCUACAUCCCAUCUCGAUCAGAAUUGCUAGAUUUUCUCUCAAAUUAUGAGCCUGGAGUUCUAGGAUAUUUUGAAUUCAGUGGGUCACCUCAGCCUCCUGGUUAUUUGACAUUCUUCACCUCUGCAUUGCAUUCAUUAAAAAAAGAUCACCUCGGAACAGUGCACUUUGGUGUAAUCACAGAUAAACACCUGGCAAAGCAAGUCUCCAUGGUGCACUCUGGAAGUGUAUAUUUGCAUAGAAAUUUUAAUACAUCACUUAUGUAUCCCAGGGAUGUCUUGAAUUACACAGCAGAAAAUAUAUGUAAAUGGGCCUUUGAAAAUCAAGAGAUACUUCUACGCUGGCUGCGACCACACGGAGGCAAAAGUCUUCUCUUGAAUAAUGAACUGAAGAAAGGACCAGCACUUUUUUUAUUCAUACCUUUCAAUCCUUUAGCUGAAAGUCACCCUCUGUUAGAUGAGAUUACCGAAGUGGCCUUGGACUACAAUAACUGUAAUAAAAGCCAGACAGUCGAAGUACUCCUUCAGCACCUGAGACACUCUGAGACACCAACGUUUGAGUCUCUUGGACCAGACCCGCCGACACCAUUAACAGGAUCAUUUUCCAUCUCUGAGUCCCCGUGCUGCAACACUGUGGUCCUUCCACAGUGGCAUAGCAUCUCCAGAACCCACAAUGUCUGUGAGCUCUGUGUCAACCAGACGUUUGGGAUCAAACCAAGUGAAGUCAGCGUGCCACAGUGCAGCUUUUUUGACAUAGCAGCAGCUUUGGAUUCUUUCUACCUCAAGGAGCGCACCUUCUAUCAAGUAGCGUCGAAUAACAUUGAAUGCAGUAAUUUUCUAAGUUUCUAUAGUCCUUUUAGCUACUACACUGCAUGUUGCAGGACCGUAAGAAGGGGUUGGAGUUUCGUUAAUUCAGAAGAGGCCAUCUUUCAGACCCCAAACGUAGCAUUUUCUUCCCAUGAGAAGAAAGAUGAGGUCGAUCCCCCAAAUUCUGUUCCUCACAUUGAGGAGAGCAGAUCUUUUCCUCACGAACCCGUCAACGGCACAGAUAUUUCGGGCCUGUUCUGCAGGACCAAUAAGACCCUGAACCUCUAUCUCUUGGAUUCCAAUUUGUUCUGGAUAUAUGCAGAGAGGCUGGGGGCAUCCAGCUCUACUCCUGUGAAGGAAUUUGCCGUUAUCAUUGACCUGAAAGAAGAAUCUCAUUACAUCUUGGACCCAGGCCAGGCUCUCGUAAAGCCUAUUCUAGAAACUUUUAUUCAAAACUACAGCAUUCUCUACAGUCCAUUGAAAAGGCACCUUAUUGGUGAUGCUUCUACCCAUUUUCCUUCCUGGAAUUUAAUCUCUGAAGUGACAACUGAAACCUUUUGGGAAGUAGUCUUCAAAAAAAAGGAUGUUUUGCUGCUCUAUUAUGCACAAUGGUGUGGUUUCUGUGCAUCCCUUAAUCAUAUUUUUAUCCAACUUGCUCGACUCCUGCCUCCAGAUAAAUUUACUGUGGCGAGGAUUGAUGUAACUCGAAAUGAUCUUCCCUGGGAAUUUAUGGUUGACAGCCUCCCUACCGUCAUGUUUUAUCCUCGUAACAGGAAGGACCGAAGCGUGAAGUUUCCUGAGGAUCUUCCCAUCACGCUUCCUAAUCUCCUGCAGUUCAUUUUACGUUAUGCCGACCCCCCCUCUGCUGCAGCUAGUCCAGCAGACUCCUGUACCAAAGAAUGUCUUCAGAACGAGGCAGUAUUACAGCAGAAACACAGAUCCCACCUGGAGAAAGAGAUCCAGAAGUUAAGAGCGGAAAUCAGCGCUCUACACCAAGCUCAGGAUCGAGUGGAGUCUCAGCUCUCGGAGGCCAGGAGAGAUGGACACCGAUUAGAGAAGCAGAAGCAGACGCUGGAGAAGCAGCACGGCACCCUUCAGCUCCACAGCGAACAGUUACAGACCUUGUAUGAUCAGAAAACCAGAGAGCUCGAGGAGAUGGCAGGGAAGCUUCAAGAACUAGCAGAUGCGUCCGAAAAUCUUUUAACCGAAAACGCGUUGCUUAAAAUCCUGGUAGCCACCAUGGAAGGAAAACUAGAAAAUAAAGAUGAAGCUGAGAAAUCCACUUCCCUGGAGGAUACCCUUUCUUCCGAAGAAGUCGGACCAAGCCGAGACGACGCGCCCAACGACAGAACGCCCGUAACUCACGUUAGUUCCUUAAUGACUUCGGAAGAGACCAGUGAAAAUAGGACAGAUUGAUUGUUGAAGUUACUUGCCGAAAUCAGACGCGACCCAGUUGUGGAGUGGGAGGAUAUUUAUGCAAAUUUUAUUGAAAUUAAUUGUAAAUAAAGACUUUUCUCAAUGGUCUAGAAAA